AUGGCUACUCUUACCUCAAAUGUAAACCUUAGUCCACAAUACACUGCUCUCAAAGACUACAAUCCACCUCAUGGUUGUGUAGUUGAGGAAAUUGCAGGGCUUAUUAGAGUACACAAAGAUGGAUACGUGGAACGACCACAAGUUGUUCCAUGUGUCACUGCCAGUACUAUGAGUUCAGAGCUAAACGUGACAUCUCGAGACAUGGUCAUUGACAGUGCCACAAACACAUGGGCACGUUUUUAUGUUCCAAUUUGCCAACACAGGUUACCAUUGCUCGUUUAUUUUCACGGUGGAGGCUUUUGUGUUGGGUCAGCAGCAUGGAGUUGCUACCAUGAUUUCCUUGCAAGGCUAUCUGCCAAAGUGGGGUGUGUGACUAUGUCAGUGAACUAUCGAUUGGCCCCAGAGAACCCUCUUCCAGCUCCCUAUGAUGAUGGAUUAAAGGCCCUAAUGUGGGUGAAACAACAAAUGCUAUAUCAGCAACACAACAAGGGUAGUGGUAGUAAUAGUGAAUGGUGGACUACACAGUGCACCUUCUCUAGUGUCUUCUUAGGUGGGGACAGUGCUGGUGCUAACAUAGCCUACAACGUUGCCACAAGGAUAGCUGCAUGUGAUGGUGCUGCUUUAAGUCCUUUGAAUUUGAAAGGUCUUAUUUUGAUACAACCCUUUUUCGGUGGGGAAGUGAGAACAAGUUCUGAGAAAUGCAUGGCUCAAUCAUCGGGUUCUGCUUUGAACUUGGCAGCAUCUGACACUUACUGGCGCUUGGCGUUACCUUGUGGUGCGAACCGUGACCACCCGUGGUGCAACCCUUUGGUGAAAGUGAAGUUGGAGGAGUUGAAGCUCUUGCGUACCUUGGUGUGCAUCUCGGAGCUGGAUAUAUUGAAGGAUAGGAACUUGGAGUUUUGUGAUACUUUGGUGAGAGCAGGGAAAAGGGUUGAGUAUGGAGUGUUCAGAGGUGUUGGACAUGCGUUUCAGAUUUUGAGUAAGUCUCAGGUAGCCAAGAACAGAACUAAGGAAAUGAUUGCUCGUGUUAAGUCCUUCAUGGCUCUCUGA